GGAACUGGUGCGGCUGCUGGAGAGAUAGGCAGAGAGGCUGUGCUGAACAGACGCUGGGUCAGAGCGCUCAGUUGCUUCAGACAAUCACAGGAGAGCGAGAGAAAGACACAGGAAAAGAGACAUACAUAUACAGAGAAAAAACACCACAAAGAUAGCCUGAAAAGGGAGUGAGAGACAGAGGGGGAGGUAAAUAUGUGACAGGAUGUGGUUUCCCUGAGCUUGCAGAACAUCGGUAUACAGGCAUACUUUGAGCAUGACCUAAACACACCAAGCUUACAAGUGUGUUUGAGCUCCAUUAGGUGGCGAAGGGGAAGAAGAAGCAAACCGCUGGAGCUGCUGUUGCUGUGCCUGUAGAGCCAACGUACGAUCUGGUUUCUCUGUUUGCCUGCCUGAGGAUUGUGUUUCCUUUAAGCCAGCCGGCUCCACAGCAACCACUGUCAGCAGAACCUCUUCUCCAUCCUCUCUUUGUACUGGUCUCCUUCCAAGUAGAAUGCGUUUCUUUGCUGGAAGCUGUGGUCCAGUUGCUGCCUUCGUGUCCAAGCAGUGAACUUUUCAACGAGAUUGUAAAACAGAGUUUGUGCGCAGAGAGACAGACACACUGUGAAGCCAUGGGCUGUGGGCUGCGUAAGAUGAAGCCAAUGUCGGACGAGUGCAGUCCAGGGAAAAUUUACUCCACCCUGAAGAGACCACAGGUGGAGACCAAGGUGGGCGUGGCCUACACUUACCGCUACCUCGACUUCCUCAUUGGCAAAGAUGGUGGGACGUCCACGCUGCGUCUCUCGUCGGUGCGGGAGCUGCCAGGCCAGCUGCAGGAGCUUUACCAGCAGGGCUUUGUUCUGGCAGCCGUUCACCCGUUCAUCCACCCCUGUGGUCCAGAGUCAAACAGCCCACAGCACCAGCUCUACCGGGCCAUUCUGGUCCGACUCAGUGACGGGGCGGAAAGGAGCCAGUCAGUCUGCCCACCGUACAAACUACAGCUGGAAGAGUGUCUAUCUGCUGAGCAGGUGCCCACCCCAGAGCUCAUCCAGGGCUACGUCAAGAAGCAGAUCCAAGAUGCUGCUGACCAGGGGGUCAUGUUUGUGGGAUUUGUCCAGGAACCCUAUGGGGCCCCAUGCACCAGGAUCAGAGAACCAGACACCCCCUCCCUUUCCCUGCACUCCAGCCCCAGCUCUGUACUCGGUUCCCUGGGCAGCUGCAGCCCCUCUAAUCCCUCAAGCCCCAGAAACAACGCAGAACCUGGAGCUCAAGCUGGCGCAGUGGACAAAGAGGGGAAUGAGGAAGCAUCAUGCGAGGCCGGGGAAGGAGCACCGGGUAGGGAGAACAAUCAAAGUGAGAACACUGAGAACCAUUCAGGGAUCCGGGUGGAGGGCAGUGUGGAUGAGAUCUCGCCAGCAGCAUCUCCAAUAUCAGAGGGAGAUCUGGAGCAUGGUGAGGAGCUGACAGAGGAGGACUCUCCGUGUCACAAUAACAACAAAGACAGUGGCAGAGACACAAAGGAGAGGCCGAGAUACCGUCAGCGGAGGGGCGAAGGGGUGGAGCUGCUCGCUUUGUACAACCACCCGCCAGUCCGAGAGGGCCAGGUGAAGUACUACACUGUCAAGGUGCCGCUGCGUGUUCAAAAUUGUGAUGAGGGGGUCAAAGGUGUGGAGGCCAACUGGCUGGAUCACAUGACCCAACACUUCAACAAUGGAGCCUCACUGGUCGAUGGAUACUUCCACCUGGGCAAUGUGAACGAUAUGCUGCCUAAAUCGGUGGAAAGUGUCUUCAUCUUCCAGGAGGGGAGCGAGGGUGAGCCAAACGUAGCCACCCCGACAUACGACGCCAUCGUAGUGGAGCAGUGGACCGUCAUUGAUGGUUUGCAGGUGAAGGCAGAUUAUGUCCCUCUGCUACAGUCACUGGCCACAUAUGGAUGGAGGCUCACCUGUGUGCUGCCAACUCCUGUAAUCAAGACUAACGGUGAUGGAAGCCUGUCCACCAAACAGAUUGUAUUCCUGCAGAGACCCAUCUUGGACCGAAAGAGGAGGGAAUCCAAGAAAUUGAUCUUCAAGCCCCGCAGUAAGUCCAACAAGAACUGCAUCAAAGAUGCCUCAAAGAACAAGAAGAAGAAAAAAACAAAAAAUGAGAAGGAUGUAGAGGAUCCUAAGAUUCUUGACGACAAAGACAUGGCUGAGAAAGAGGAAGACAAGAAUAUGGAUGAAAGGGUGAACGCAACAGAUGUAGAGACAAGAGAAAGUGAGACAUCGAAAGAAAGGGAGGUGAGGUGUGAUGAAGAUAGAAAGAUUGAUGAUGGGAUUGAAAUCAGCAUAGAGGCGGUAGAAAAAAAAGAUGAAGGAGCAGAGGCUAAAGACAAAGGAGUAGAAAACGGCACUGAAGAAGAGGGAGAAGAAAAGAUAGCACUGGACGGAGAGGGAUCACAAGACAACGGAGAGCCUUUAGAAAACGGCGAGGACCAGGAAGUGACGGAAAUCAUCGCAACUGUCGAAACACAGACCAAGACCAAAGAGAAGGAGGACGAAGGCGUAGCAGAAGUUGAAGCAGUGAUUGAAAAUGGGGUCGAGACGGAUGGGGAGAAAGAUGAGGGUGAAGAGAACGCAAUCAAAGGCAAGACAGAAGAACCAGCAGGCUUGGAGGUCAAGGAGAUUGUGGCAAAUUUAGUGGCCACACCAACUAAUCAAAGCCCAGAGGACACUCAAGAGUAGUAGUCCCAAGUUGUCCAAGUCAAGGUUUUUCCCUGCCCUACCUCUCAAAUUCCCCAUCUUAAAAACUGGUUCACAGUGUUGUCCCUGGUCAAAAUUAAAGGGGGCUUCGAUCCCUAGCGCUGCAGCAUUCUCCAAACCUACCAUCCUUCAUAGACAAUUCCCCCUCCGCAAUAUAGAUACAGAACAAUUUCGUUUAACUGCAGACAUCAUCCCUACUGUAUAACCACACAUACUGAAUGUAUAUAUCCAAAACAGGAGAUGUUGGUGCAGGAUAGUCAAUGUGGAGACACUGGAACGACUUGAUGAGGAUCAACAGGGAGUUGAAUAGAAUGAUGCCUUGAUCAGAUUGGGCGUGUAUUUCCUCUACUUUAAGGUGGGAUAUGCGAUUCUGGAGAGAUCCACUAUCAUGACAAAUAUCAUGAUAUAGAGUGAGCAACGAAAAAGUAAUGUAACAUUAGCUAGGUGGGUUAGCAAACUGUCACUACAGUUGCUUCUGCCAUGCUAACAUGCAGAGAGGACGAGACAGUUUCCCAGAGCCAGCACAUCAGCUCCAGACAGCGAUACCCACAACUACAACAACCUAUCUUGGCAAACUAAUAAGUAUGCUGGAUGUCCGUGGGCAAGUAAUUUAACGUUAAUGGAAUAGCGUUAUGUGGCUUGGUCCUGGCCACUUUGUUUGUAUUCCAUUUACAGAGCCGUGUACAAACAGAACAGCCAGCUAGCGGACCGUGAGGUGACAUUCGCUGAAUUUGACACAAAAAGAAAAUGUGUAUUGGAUUAAAAUCGCAUACCCCACCUUUAAGGAGAACGAGAAACAGUUUAAAGGCCUGGUCACAACAAACAUCUGAAAUGGUGAAAUUUUAAAGCAAAAUCUAUUUUCUUUUUAAUGGUUUUGCAGAGAUUAGCAGGUUAGCAUUUGGGGAAGUUUGACCCACAAAUUUGCACCAUUGACCAACAGCAAGCCAUCUUGAUUGUUUUAAACGUUCAGGGAACAGAGACUCAGAGAGUUAAAAUUUUUGCCCGCUUGAAACACAUUUCUGAGGACCUCUCUAAGAUCAAUGGCCAUCAGGCUCAUGUGAUAGGUUUUGUUUCAGGUUUGGAACCCAUACAUCGUGUUUAUUACAGCCAUGUGUAACGUCAACUACUGACGUAACGACGCUUGCCGUAGCCUGGUUUAUUUGCGCCAAACCAGCUGAUGAAUUUUGCAAUUUCUAUUUUUUUUUAUUUUUCGCAAAAGUACACUUAAAAUUCGCAUGGCAUUUAUAUUUAACCUCUGUCAGAGUACAAACUGCUCUACUCAAGAGGAUUUGUCAAUUAUUACAAUUAUGAGACAGAAGUUGAUGCUACAUGUCUUUCCCAUUAGCGACUGAGAGUGAACUGUCCAUUGCGGAGAAAGAAAUAAAAAAGCUACCAGUGUGAGACCGACUAAUACUAGCGUGUUAGCGGUUCCCUCACCAGAUAUAGCAGCUUACCAACUAAUCUUGCAAAUAUGCCCUACGUUACCAAGCCUCUAGAAGCACAAAUUUUUCAAAACCACUUUCCGGUGUGACCAGGCCUUUAGGCGAGCGAGGAGCGAUCCAUGAUUCUUAUUGCAAUGUAACGCAGACUUUGAUGUCAACUUUCAACCUGUCAAAUUAGGGUUAAUUAGAUAAACUGAAAGAACAGCUGUGAUAUUUUUUAAUAGUCAUGCAUCAAAGAAAGUUCUCUGCUUGCUUUUGAAGCAUAGUUUAUGGAACUUAGGCAAAGUCCUGACAGAUUUACCCAAAUAUAGCACCUGUUAAAAGGUGUACUGUCACCUGAGAGUUGAGUAGCUUUUUUUAGUUUUUGAAGCGGAGAAAAGAAAGUCAGCUAGAAAAUCGAAGAGGCAGAAUCUUGACAGGACAUAGGCCAUCCUCAUCCAUAUAACUGACAAUGUAAAGGCGGGCCUGCUGAAAAAAGGGUCUUAUGUGAUCCCAGACUGUAUCACCAUUUCCCGUUCCCUCGUUCUGUGCACCACAGUAAGUUGGGAUGUAGAGGGAACUUAGAGGAGAAAGCUGGUAGAGGUGAUGGGAAAGGCGUUUGUUGCGACAGGCAAUCCAAAGUAGGGUGAAGAGAUAAUUGUUUACGCUGAGCUCUAAGCCGUCAAGUGCUUCAAAGAGAGCCGAUAAUCACUCUUUGGUGUGGUGUGCUAAGCUCACCUUGCAUACAGAAUGUUCCAUAUUCAUAGCCAAGUUAGAUAAGGAUGUGAAAUUCAGCUGAAUGUUUGCAGCUCUGGGGCAGAACUCAUGUUGACAUGCACCUAGUUAGCUUUUACGUACAGGACUGAGGAUUUAUUUCUGUUCAAGGUUGCAUUUUUAAUUAUAUUUCCAGUCAAUGGCCACAAACAAAAGCACCAAAAGCACUUAUCAGUGUGGAAACAAGGUUAAGCUGUGUGGUCAGUGCCAAGCUUUGUUGUUUACUGAGACCAAAACUGAAGAUUUAGAGAGAGAAACUGAGACAAAGAAAGAAGAGGAGAGCAAAAGAGACCACAGAGUAUAAGAAUAAGCUUAUUUAAAGUAACAGCAUUGCGUUCCACAUUCCCCCUUGAGAUUUCCUUCAUUAUUUUACCUCCAAGUCUUUAAGCACCUCUUACCAGACAUGAUUUCUGACAAUAACCAAGUCAUAAUGUGCUGUUUCAUUGCAUCAUGUAGCUUUCCAUUUUAAAAGGUGGGUGGGGGGAUGAGAAAGGGAAGGAGGAAGGUGGCAACAUUCACAGUGUAGAACUCUCAUUAGCGCAUUAAUGGAUUUUGUCAGUGGGGUGUCUGUCAGGAAUCAUGCAUUUAUAAUGGGGGUCACUUAUUGGGGGAGGUAUUGACAGCAUAACACCUCAACAUGUCAAGCAAAUAACCUUCAGAUUUAAUGGUGAUGUCAGGGGGAAUCAUUUGCACUGAGGAGGAAUAGUUUAGGUUAAAAAUGCUAAAUUUAGCAAUGAAAUUACACACACACAUAAAAUAUGUCAGAAAACCUAUUUAUUAAAAUAUUUGUAUUUGGUUAAUCAAGAACUUAAAACUACCUACUAUCUUGUUUUUUUACAGACUAUAAUUUGUCAUAAUUUGGACAUUUGGUUUUAUGAGUAGUUGUUGGUGAAGAAAAAUGUCUCCUUUUUGAUGAAAAUUACACCCAUUGAUGAAUAUGCUGAAUAAGUGCUCUCUUUAAAUAAUACACCCGCCGCUGAGAUUUCUUUCACUGUAAAAUGGCAAGUGUUUUGUGUAGAGUAGAAUAUAAAAACUGUGACCAGCUUAGCCUUAUUACUAUACUGUAAAUGACCCACAAUCUGCUUUUAGAAAUGUCUUUUAGAGGCACAAUGGUGAUUUAAGUGUUAUAUGUUUGUUAUAGUCAAACAGGAAAGUUUUGCUACAGUCAGUGUUGGUAUUUUGAAGCUGUUGUUCUCUGUUUUAUUACUGGAAUUUCAGAGUGAAGGGAGUUCAAGUGUUUGUCCAUAUGAAGGUAAUAUGUUUUGGAUUUAUUUUCAAAAUGCUAACUUUUUUUAUGAUUGUGAAUGUUCUGUUUUUGAGUCAAGAGAUUUUAUGGUGACUUUCUGUUGCCUCUGUUGUUCCGCUAAAGCUUGCUAAAAUGUAUUUCUGACUGACGCUUCGAGCUACCUCCAGAGGGCUGUUGUUGGUUUUAAACUGAGGGGUCGCCGCUUGUGUGACCCCCUGAAACAUGUGCUCCUUGUCCUCUUGCCCUCCACUAUGACGAAGCCCAGACCUGUGAGCGUAAGGUCAUGGCUAAUGGCAGACAAGGUCAGGGGUCAUAUUUGAGCCAGAAUGGAUUUUCCACAGCUGUACACAGGAGUUUGCACGAGCACAUUACAAAUAACCACUCUUUAUUGGAUUAAAAUAAGAAGUCAUAUCAUAACAUUGUCUGUGGUAUUUUUAAUUUCAUUUUCUCAGCUGCUUUUGGCUUCCAGCUGUUUGAGCUUUAAUAAGCGCCUAUUGUAUUCAAGAAAUAUUUUAUGCUGCUUUUUGCAUCAGAGCUGCCAGGGAGCAAACAAGACUCAGCUGUCACUUUCACAUGUUGUCAGAAUUUGACAGAUGAAUUAUGAAAGGCAAUACCAAAAGACCAGAUCAUUAUGAAUAUUUGAGAAAUUUCCCCACUGAAUCCAAUCAAUUCAUUUUGUCAGAUUUAAUCAAUUUCUUCAUUUUCCCCAGCAUCGAGAUACCACAUUUAAACUGUCAUAUAUCUGUUUAAGGAAUAAUCAUAAUUAUUUCAGUAUUUUCUUCUUUCUCAGUUUUUUGUUUUAAAUCUGAAACUGUGACAUUUAUUCCCCUUUGGCAUCGUGUAAAAUUGGACAGAUCAUAUUCUGCUUAAUCUAGAGGAGCACAGUAUGGAAAAUCAUCAUCAAGAUGAUCUCAUGCGCCAUGACUGUUUUUCAACUCCCACUACAUUCCGGUCGGACAGCUACAAACAUGGAUGACAGUAACCUUGACAAACGUCACAACUGGCCCUGUAUCCGUCCAUCUUACCUGAGGCCAUGGCCUUCAGGGACCAUCUUUUCCUUUUAAGGGCUGAUUGGUUGCAGUGCAGUCUAACCUCUGUCCUGAGUAAACUCCAGGGACUGUGGGUAAUUGUGAUUUUUUUGUCUGGUAUUAAAUAAGAAAAACACAGACCGGGAGAGAAAAGCAAGCCAUGAUCUGACACUUCAUCAGUUAAAUGAUGCUGACCCAUGUAAACGUAGCCGGCCGUGAAAAGGACACCUUUGAAUAAUGUUAGACUUAAAUACAUACAUUUGCAGCCCUCUGCCCAUUUGUGUAAAAAAAUAAUUGUCUCUGAGCCUCAAUAGUGGCGCUGGUGCAAUCGUUCUUGGUAAUGCUGUAAAAAAUAUAUAUAUACAACUUAAUGGUUCAUUUCCUGUGUGCUGCAAUGAUGUGAAAUGGGCAGAGUAGAAAUGAAAGAACAUGAUACUGUAGGAUGCCGUCAUUUUUUUCUGUGUUGUCACUUCAGCUUGCUCACAGCCUCUGGAAAAUGUAUUCUUAGGUUUUUGUCUCUGAUGUUAGUUUUUUUAUCACCUUGGCUGCCAUCUUGAAUGUUGAGUAUCUUUGAUCAUGUGCUGAUGUCACUUGCAUAGCAGUGUUUGCUAUCGAGGAAGAUGUAUGAGUAUGUCCACAUUCCUAUUGUUCAUGACAUCUGUACAAUUUGUAUAUUAUAAAAUGAUUUAUAUUUAAUGUGUA